GCCCGCCCCCUCCUCCUCCCCAUGGACCCGGUCCCCUGGGCUGACCCCCGGCGCAGAGCCUUGGAGAAAGACAACUUUCCUUUCGAUGGUAAGGCAGAGGUGUUUCCACAUUUAAUGGACCCUUCACAACACCCCUUGAGCACAACAGUGAAGACUUCUCUUAAAAUGACAACCCAAGGACUAGGACUAAUUAUCUUCCAACAUGGGCCCUAUCUCCAGAUAUCCAACCUUGUGGAGAAAGGAACAGCUGCCAAAGAUGGAAGACUAAAGCCAGGUGAUGUUCUGAUUUCAGUUGGCCAUUCAAAUGUGUUAGGAUAUACACUUCGAGAAUUUUUACAGAUUUUGCACCAUAUCCCCAUAGGUGCAAUACUCCAAAUCAGAGUUUACCGAGAUUUUAUUGACAUACCACCAGAAUGGCAAAACAUAGAUGACUUAAUCCCUGAGACUAAGCCUGCAGUGGUAAUAGCUCAUACAUCAAAGAAAUAUGAGCAGGAGGAAGAUACAUCUUUCUCUAGCAGUGAGGAUGAUGAUGUAGAGUUAGAUGAACGAUUUAAGUACUAUAUGUCUCCACAGUCAUUUCGGCAUCAUUCUUCUAGGAAGCUAUCAUCAAUCUCCACGGAAUGGCAUGGAUAUAAAAAAAAGAAUCACAUGUUUACUGUAGGAGAAGACAUUGGAUGUGACGUUAUGAUUCAUAAGGAUUCCGAUGAGCAGAACAUAGAUGUUCCGAAAGACUUUAGAGCACCUUCCCCAUAUUGGACAAUGGUAAAACAAGACAGUGACCUUUCUUCUUCUUCCUCUUCUACAUCAGAUGCUUUUUGGCUUGAAGACUGUGCCUAUGCUCAACAGGAAAAGGACCAACAUUUUACAGCCUAGGAAGUUAAUUCAGGAUUAGAUGUUUAAUUUUCCAUGCCAUUAAAGUGCUAAAUGUUUAAUUUUGGCACAUCAUUACAUAUAGAUUUAUUUUACAAAGGGAUGCAUUACUCCCAAUUGAAUGUGUAGUAGUUGUAAUCCAGAAGCCUUCAUGGAUCUUUUUUUAGGUGAUAUCAAAACGUAAUUAUAACUAGCUCUGCAACUUCAUUCCCAAAGGAGCAGCACAAUCCAGAACAUUAUAGAUACCCCUUUCUGGAGAAUAUCAGUGUAUAUGAAUAUGAUGAUACUGCGGGAUUUUAGUACCAGAAUGAAGUAUGAGGAUGUCAAGACAUUGAUCUUUACCAUUUAAGGUGAAAGGAAUAGACUUUGGCUUAGGUCAGUGUAUGCAGAAUAUAAUUAUCCCACACUAUACAAAGCAGAUAAAUUCUAGGAUGAAUAUUUACUUAGAAAUAGUCAUUACUUUUAAAAGGGAACUUAGAUUGUGUGAUCUGCUACUGUAUUUAUAUUGGUUUACAGAUUACUACUUCAGAGAGGAGAUCUUGGUGAGAGGAAAGCUGAAAAUGAGUUAUAACCUAAAUUGUUUAGAAAACAGGACUUUGAUUUACUUCCACUUUAUGCAAUCUUUCUUUAAUAUACCUACCAUGGAGAAAUCCAAUCAUUUAUUUUACUCAAAUAACCACUACCUCUAUGAAUUAUUUAUCAUGGAUCAUUCUAACAAUUCUGAAAUAUUGAAUUGACUAUCCAGUUAGCCCUACCAAAUUCCUAAUAAUUUUUUCAAAAAUAUGUAUUUUUUUGUUUCUGUCAGUUAUUCCCCCAUCCCUAUUUCUUUUGAGAAAGAAAAAACAAAGUGAUAUCUGACAACAUGUUUGAUAUUCUGGGCCAAGUAGUCCAUCUCCUUGCCAUGGUGGUAGAGAAUGAGGGAAAUUUUGUUUUAUUAUCUCUUUUCUAGAAGUUUCAUUGAUGUUUUAGUAACUUAAAAAGUUUAACUACAUAUUUUUUUUGCUUCUGCUUUUUCAUGUACACUCUAGUUUCUCCGAUUUGCUCAUUUGUCAUUUUUUACUGCACAAUUAUAUUUGGCUAUGGGGAGUUUAGUUACUUCUUACAUAAUUCCAAGUUGAAAGUCACAAUGCCUGAGCCACUUCACAGCUCGACCAAGUGUACCAGAUUGUACCUAUUUUAUGUUCACUCUUUCUACCUUUGCCAGUCUGUAUGGUAUGAGGAGAAAUAAUUCUUUAAUAUGUAUUUUUCUUAUACUUAGCGAUUUGGAGUCUUAUGAUAGUUUAGGGUUUGCACUUUUUGGGGAAAACUUCAUAUGCAUGGGCCAUUUUGUUGAGAAUGGCUCUUGGUGUAAUACAUCUGUGUAAUUUCUGUAUGUGUUUUGGACUUGAUUUUAUGCAAAAGCUUUAAAAUCUUAUGUGGUCAAA